UAUAUACAUUGGAGUAUGACUCUUAUACUUUUUAUUACCGGUUGUUUAGUGAAGCACGUAAAGGCGGGCAAAACUUAUUGGAGUAGACAUGUAUAUGAAUGAAGAAGGAACGAUUUAGAACAAGGAUCUUAGCAGCGAAAGUGAAAAAAUGACAAACGGAAUAUGAAUAUCCAAAUAAAAGAAGAACGUUAACGGUCGUUCGAGUCCAUGACGUCUGGCACAACUACAAAUGGUACAAGAGCACAGUAUUAAGGUAUAUAAACAUUGUGGAAUAAUAUCUUAAAUGACAGUUAACAAAAGCUGGAUCGUAAUUGUUAGUUUUCUUUAUCGUAAUCAAAUUCCGUAUUAAGAGAUUAGUAUAGAACGCCAGUGGAGUUUUUGUGAGACUUUUGGCCUGCUAGUUUGAACACAGCGAGACAUUGUGAGGCAACAAAAGUGAGAAGUAGUAAUCCGUUAUAUAUUACGAUCUUACUCUGUUACUAUAUUUCAAAAGAGACCAAUGUAAAGUGACAUUUGAAAUUAAAAAAUAGUGGAUGAAAAAUGACUUUUAACAAUUGCUCAGAUAUUACGGAUGCACUUGACAAUAUACGAAAAUAAGUGAUGCAUCAUCAGGAAUAGCGAAUGAACAAAAAUAUGGUGAACCAAGGAACAAAAAGACGAACUGAACCAUACAAACUAUAUUGGAUGAAGAAAGAGUAAUAAAAAUAAUCGACUUGGUGGGUUUAGUCGAGAACGUGAAGUUCUAUAUGAAUAGGAAUGAUCACCAAACUGAAAUGUGAAUUGGCAAGAUGAGCGAUAACGAAAAUGAAGAAACUAUAUCUGGUGCGAUAUACGCACUGUGUGUCCUGUCUGCAAUAGGGAUUGUGUUGAACACGUUAUUGUUACUAUUGAGGGUGCAGAAACAGCAGAAGGCCCAUCCAACAACGAUCAAAGUACAUCAAUGCAUCACAGAUACAAUAUGGAUAUUAUUAGGCGUAUUCUCCUUCUUGGUACUAUUGCAUAGACAAGUGGAUGGCGCAGCACUCUGUAGCGUUGGAGGAUACGGGGCGUUGUUCGCGCUACAGGGAUUAUACUGCGCUGUGGCGACCCAGGGAUUUCUGAUUCUGUCGUGGCAAAGAACUAACCUGUCACUGACGUUCCGAUCUAUUUAUGUUUACUUUUAUAUAUUGAUUAUUUCUCUUGAAGUUUUCACUAUUGCUACCUUGACGUUCUUGCCAUUGUCAAAUCUAGAGUUUUUCACAAGUGAGCUACCUUUUACUAUAACGUGUAUUCCUCUUCGACUCCCGUUCGAACCAAACUCAGAAUACUCCACUCUUCUUAUUUGCUUCAUGUGGCUAGGGCACACUGUGGCUUUAGCUCUUAUUGUGGUGAUAUACUGGAAGAUCUAUCGGACAUCCUCAAAGCCUGGAUACAAGUAUAGACGACAAACACUGAAAACGUUACACAUAUCCUUAGGAUUGGAUACCCUAGCUGCCACAAUUGUAACGAUCACAUUAACAGUUGGUUACAGCGUUUUGGAUGAAGGUGGAAACACUACAAUCGAGCUUGUGUUAGCUGCAGUUAUAGCAUUGGCUGUAUUGGUCCACUCUGGCGUUGGUUGGGCGUUACAUUUAGGGUUACCACACACAAAUUGCUGUACGCCUGAAACAAUAUACAGCGAUACCAUCAAAUCAAGCGUGCCAAAGUCAUUGAACUCUCUCAGUAGAUUGCAACUUUCCCCGAAGGUUGAAGAUGUGUUAAAAGUCCGAGUCCAAUGGCAGACCGACCAAGGAAGGAGACUGGAAGGAGUUAUGAAGAUUUACCAGCCAAGCAGACGACAGAACUGGUCCAAAGAGGUCAGGGCAAUGUCCAAACUGAGUUUGAUGGAACACCCAAAUAUAGCUACAUACCUGUGGGCGGUGAACAAGAAUAACUUUUGCGGUGCUCUUGAAAUGGUCAGCGGGCAUGGCAUCAGUCAACAUAGCAGGGUAAUAUGUCGUCAGUAUUACGAACACGGCAGUCUUCGGGACUUCCUCCAGCUGAACAUCCUACACAACAACCUUAACAGUAGCUCCGUUUUCAUUGGUGGAUCACUCGAGAGCCUGACAAUUAAGGCGGUAAUUGGUGACUUUGAAGCAAGUAAAGAGGUCCAGGCGCAAGUUCCAAGAUUGCCUAAGCAACGAAAGGAUGCAGUAGCUGUGCUUUAUUCCAUUAGUAGAUAUAUUGACAGUUUGAGUACACUGGAGCAAAACCUCUAUGCGCCUGACGUCCGAUCUUUUGGCUUAAUCCUCCUGGAGAUGUUGGCCUCAUUAGCGUACCACAGACAUGGCGUGAAACCCAACGGAACUGACUCCAAGGAUAAAAUAGUUACAAGUGAAGAGCACACUAGACUUGAACAUCUACACACUAGAGAAACUGAUGGUAAUCUGUAUGAGAGAACACCUGCAAAAAGAAAUAACCCUGAUGCUCGUGUAGCUGAUCAUGUGAAGGCAGGUGGCUCAGAUGAACACCAACCCUCUCCUAUACCAGAUGUCAUAUCUAGCUGUCAUAGUCCUAUGAAAAAUACUCUCCGUGACUAUCGGGGUGCAACGAGAUCUAUAUCACAGCAGUCUAAUUCCCAGAAUCCUUUUCAUGAAACAACGAAGUCUAUAACACAGCACUCUCUUUCCCCAAAUUCCUUUCGGGAUACAGUGGGAUCUAUUUCACAGCAUUCCCAGAAUUUCACUUCUGGCCUCCCAAGAUCAUACUCUCCAUCACCAUCGAGAAUAUCGUCAGCAUCUACAUGGUCAUCAGCCAAGAGGAGACAAUUGCCUAAGCGGCCGUCUCAGCCAUCCAUCAUACCUCCUUCACAACUACCCACUAAUGCUCGUGCAUCCACUGCUACCAACCAGCCGUCAAAUGAUUCCCCCGAUGGCUAUACCAUCCUUGGACCCCCUUUGAAUAACAGUAUUCUGACUCCACCAACUUGUUUCAAAGAUAAUAGAAGUCAACAAAAGAGAAGACUCCCAAAUACACCUAAUAGUCGUAGUGUUAUGAAUGCUUGGGAUGUAUCCUGUGACAAUGAAUCUUUAGCUGGAAUGAUGAACCAUAAGCCUUUAUUUACCACCAAAACUCCUAAAAUGCCAAAAUUCUUAGAUGAUACCAACUCUUCUUGUACUCCCCCUAAAUUAGACCUUACCCCAUAUAAAGGACCAAAUACUACACAUGAUACUCAAUCUUUGGGGGCUACAUCAAUGCAAAGCAGGGCCUUACCACCAAUUCCAAUAGGAAUAGAACCAAUAACUGAAACAUCGGUUCAAACAAAUCACCAGAGCACCAAAAACUUACCAAACCAAAAAUCAAACAUGAUUGGACACGUCAAUGAAUCAUUUAUUCCUGAUUCCGACCUGAGUACGUCCGAGACGGAGAACAAGGCAAUGAAAAAGCAUAAGACACCAUCUAAAUUAAAAAAUAUUGCCAGAAAUAGAGACCCUGUGUAUUCAGCAGCUAGGCAUGAUCAAUCGUGCUCAGAUGAUAGCUUUUCACUUCUCAAUUCAUUUGUUUCCAAGAGUAUCAGAGGAAAUGACACAUCAACAGCCAGCGAUGAUUCUGGCCUCGGAACAUCUUCACAGGGUACCAUAAGCAUAUCUAAAUUAGACAAUAUAAUUCAUACUGCUGAUGACCAUAGUGUACAUAAUCUAAGUAAACAUACAGAUGAACAUAAUAGUGUUACUACAGCAAUGGCAAAAAUUGAACCUCAAAUCAAUCUUCCAAAUCGCACAAGAAACAAUGAAUCGUUUGAUAGCACCAAGUGUGACACAAUAUAUGAGACGAUUACUCCUGCUGCAAUACAAAAGAAUGCCACAAUGCACGAGUCUGAUACCAAUAGCCAAAAUACAAGCAAGAUAUUUGAAUCCACGGGUGAUGAACCUAAAAUCAACACUGAUGCAAUAAUAGCUUCCACUCCUCACAAAAUCAAAGAAACAAACAAUCCCGUUGCAACAGAAGCUAGUACUAGCCAAUCAGACCACUGUAAUACGUUUGAUACGACACAGAACACAAGUAUAUGGUCGCCUGGUUCAAGCAAUUGGACUCCAAGUAGAUCACAAGGAAGUGAGACAUUAGAACUGACGUGUGUGACCCCACGUACUGAAACUCCUCUUAGUGAUAUUUAUGAACAUAUAGCAGGGAGUGCCACACCGUUUACAGAAAUACCAAUGGCUGAUGAAACACUAUCAAGUCUAAACCAGACUGCAGUCAAAUAUCAACAAUCGCCAAUUACAGAUGAUAUACAGCAAUCUCCCAUUGGAUAUAAGUCUCCUAUAGGAAACAUAAGUAACACUCAAUCAAAUAUUAUGCAUGAGGAUGUGAUAAAUGACACAUUUGAAAACAUCUCUGACGCCAACCUUGAGAUAACUGACACCCCUAGUGCAAAGGUAGGCGUUUCUCGUAGACUUCAAUUCAGAAAGAGAUCAGCGCGUUACAGUUCACAAAAUGAUCUGAAUAAAUCACUCUUGGAAGCCCUUGGACUCAUUGAAAAGACUACAACAGCAGAGGAUAUCAAAUUAAUAUUUGAUGACUCGGCUUUGUUAAAUGGUACUACAAUAGAGACGGAUAUUGGCCUGAAUGAAUCAUUCGACAUGUCUCUUGAUUUUGAGCUCGAGGACCCUGAAAAGAAAAUGUUAAAUAAAUCAUUUGAAAUUGCAGUUGGAUUGAAGACUCCAGGAACUCCAGCAAAAUCUUCAGAUCAGAAUACCGAAUUGAAUAAGUCAUUUGAACUGGCGAUAGGAUUAAGAACGCCUGGAACUAUUGACAAACCACUUGUACAAAACAAUCGGCAAAGCCUUUUUCAGCCGUAUGAUACAACCUCUCGGGAAAAUGCAUACAUGAGUAGUGGUGGUCCAAGCGUGACAAAAACUAAACGCAGCAAACGUAGACUUCUUCCCGACCUGAAUGCUAUUGUUAAAGACGAUACGCCAGAUGACAUAAAACGCACUAUUAGUCUACACAAAACCAGGUACAGGGAAAUGGCAGUUGAUAGUUUCUUCAUUAAUGACCCAAGCAUCAGUAGCCAAACGCUGGACAAUCUAUCUGGUAUUAUCUCUCAUACUGACGCUAGCACCGUUAACUCUCUGAUUAUCGACACUGAUAUUAUGAUUAGUAGGCUCCUCACCCCGGAUGACGCUCUCAGUAUGUUUAGCAUGAAGUCGACAUGUGUGGACAGCGUCACCAACUAUGAUGCAACAAUUACACCAAUUAAAACAGACAAUAUGAAUGCAAUAGCUGCAAAAUUAACACCUUCACAGGCAAUGCCUACCAAAUUGAAAUCCAUCCAAGAAAAGGAACCGACUACUCCCGAAAGACCUCCUAAACCAUCAAAGCGUAGAAAUAUGUUGGUUUUACCACUUCAAGUACAAAAUGCACUAGCGCAGUCAGCCAUUGGAGAACUAGCUGUAGGGAUUGAAGACUAUCAUCAAAUUUAUUGUGAACGUCUUCAUCACACGUUCCCUCUCCUAGACACCCGGGCACUCCUCUCUCGAGACACAGGCCAUCUUGAUGUUAUAAUGGGGCUCCUGAAGGUGCAUGGCAAACUGGGAUUCAUAGGCAAUCAAAUUAGUGCUUUAAUAUUGGAAUGCUGGACGUCCGAUUCGGCACCUUCAGCCAGGGAUAUUCUCAGCAAACUCAGACGUUCUCUCCCUUCAUCGCCAGUGUAAUCAACGAUAUAGGCUAGGCACAUACUGCAACUUGAGUUUAGCUGACGUUAUGGAAGGCGAUUAUUUCCCAUUUCUAUCUUACGGGGGUUCAUCUACAAUUUAAACUAUUUGAGAACUUCUACAAUUUUCGUUUGUUAUACAAUUAGCAAUUUAAAAGAAAUCCAGUACAUUAUCAAAGAAAACAUAAGCAGAGAAUGAAUUAAUCAAGAUGUCAUCCCAAUUUGAAAUGUUUCUUUGGUUUGUGCUCUGGAGUUAAUAUGUGAGCCAAGUUACAUCAAGACAUCAUCAUUAAAUAACAAAUGUCCUUCGUGACAUUACAAGACUUGAUAUUUAAAAAUGACUGAUUUUCCUAACCUGGAAUAUGGAUCUUGAAAGGAGUGGUAUCGAUAUGGUGAACUUUUUGAACACACGUUUCUCUUAAACCAGUUAUAAAAAAAAUCUAAA